AUGCCGGGGGGGCCGGGGGCCGGCCAGCCCACCUGCCUUGUGGGGAGGGAGGGAGAGACCUCACUGCAGACGGCGGGCUCCGAAACCCAGUCCCGAGGCAAACGCUUCCAGCUGGGGUCUGUUUUCCAGCUGAAGUUCAGCCCCCGCGAGGCAGAGUACGCCAUGCUCCUGUCCCUCAUCUUCCUCAUCGUCCUGGUGGCCGCUGUCGUGGGGUUCGUCUUCAGGCACGAGAUUAAGACGAACUUUGAGAGUAACCUCAACCUGGCCUUGAGGGACUACAACGUGACCGCAGAUCGGCACAGCGAGGCUGUCGACACCAUCCAAAGAACCCUGCACUGCUGCGGGGUGCAGAACUAUUCGGACUGGGAGAGGACUGAAUACUUCACCCAGAAGGGCAUCCCCCAGAGCUGCUGCAAGAGCCAGGAUGACUGCUCGGAGGAGGAUCUGAAAGACCCAAGCAAAGCCAAGCUGAAAGUGUUUGUGGAUGGUUGUUUUUUCCUGGUUACGUCAACGAUGGAGUCAAAAAUGAGCGUUGUGGCUGGAAUCUCCUUUGGCAUCGCGUGCUUCCAGUUGGUUGGCAUCAUUCUUGCCUGCUGCCUGUCCCAGUACAUCACGAACAACCAGUACGAGAUGGUGUAGCUGGCCCCCAGCACACUGUGGCUGUG